AUGCCCCCUGGAUCCCAUAAGAGGCACGCAAAGCAGUUCAACAGCGAAUCAGAGCCCCUACAUGCAGGCAUGUCUAAGAAGCAGGCAGCUGAUAGAUUUCAAAGAUUCUAUGCCUCCCUCCUACAGACCGAUAUAAAGGUCUUCACAGAUGGCUCGAAACUAGAAAACAGGAUGGCAGGCGGUGGAUAUGCCCUAUAUCAAUCUGGAAGGCUGAUCCAACAGUCCUCCUUCUCCCUGGGACCGAACAAAGAGGUCUUUGAUGCUGAUGUUGAAGCAGCCCUAGCUGGAGUUAAAGCGGCUUUUAAAUUGGAUACUGCCCGCUUUGCCACUAACCUCUGGGUCUGUCUAGAUAACCUAGAGGUAGCUACACGUCUCCUUUCACCUUUCGCAGGUUCAUCCCAAGGGGUCUUCGAAUCCUUCCAAACCCCUAGCCCAGACCUGGCCGAUUCUCAUACACUAAUGGCGGUUCUUUACGAGUCUGCUGGGCCCCUGGUCACACACAAAUACCUGAGAAUGAGGCAGCUGACCAAGCUGCAAAGAAGGGUGCUGCCAUGGACCCUCCCUCCUCAAGUGAACACUCGUAUGCCUCGUUAA